AAGUUCACAAUUUUUUGUUUUAUUGUUUAUUUAUUUGAGCGGGAACGAGUGACGAUCGAAAAUUGCGCGAAAUAGAAACUAAAGUGGUUUUUUUUAUCUUUAGGGAAUUUAAUAAGGCAAAACAAAUCAUGGAUUCAAAGCGGAAAUCAUUUUCAAGCAGUCAAGGACCACCAAAAAAAGUUUUUAAGAAGAAAAAUGAUGAUGAUGACUUUGAAAGGAGUAAUUUUGAAGAAGAGUUGGCCCUUAUGGAUGAUUUGGAAGAGGAAUUUCAAGCUCAGUCUUUAGAAUUGCUUGAUUCUGCAGGUGAAGAUGUUGAUUCUCAGCUUUCUGCCAAUGUCAAAUGGAUUCGUCCACCACCUCCAGAAAUAGAUCCAAAUUCUGACUCAAUAAUAUUCCAGCAGCUUGAUAUUGACUGUUACAUAGGUCAGCCAGUUCCUGGCAUGACUGGGUGUAAAUCUGGACCAGUUCCGAUUAUGAGAAUGUUUGGUGUUUCAAUGGAGGGAAACAGCAUACUUUGUCAUGUCCAUGGCUUUCUGCCUUACUUCUUUGUGCCAGCUCCUGAAAAUUUCCAGCAAUCUGAUUGUGCUAGAUUUAGGGAGAUUCUAAAUUCUGCUUUGAUAUCUGACAUGAAAUCAAAUAAAGAGAACAUUCGUGAUGCUGUACUUGCUGUGGAAAUUGUACAGAAAGAAAAUAUAUAUGGUUACACAAAAGGUGGCAAAAGACCAUUUCUAAAGAUCACAGUUUUGCUUCCAAAAUUCAUGCCAGCUGCAGCUCGUUUGCUUGAAAAUGGAAUUAAAUGGAAUGAUUCUACUUCGCAAACAUUUUCUGUGUUUGAAACAAACAUUAAUUUUGAAAUUAGGUUCAUGGUUGAUACAAAGAUAGUUGGAUGCAAUUGGAUUGAAAUACCCCCUAAAAAGUAUAAUUUAUUAACUUCUGGUGGACCUCGGCCACCUGCUUCACGUUGUCAGAUUGAAAUAGAAGUCGAUUGGAAUGAUUUAAUUUCUCAUGAACCAGAAGGGGAUUGGUCCAAAAUCGCCCCUGUGCGCAUAUUAAGUUUUGAUAUUGAAUGUGCUGGUCGCAAAGGUGUUUUUCCUGAACCUAAUCAUGAUCCUGUAAUCCAGAUAGCAAACAUGGUUAUUCGGCAAGGGGAGAAAGACCCUUUCAUUCGUAAUGUUUUUACUUUGAAUACCUGUGCACCUAUUAUUGGUUCUCAAGUGCUGUCUUACCAAAGUGAACAACAAAUGUUGAAGGAAUGGGCAGAUUUUGUACGUGCUGUUGAUCCCGAUAUCAUUACUGGAUACAACAUACAAAAUUUUGACUUUCCAUAUCUUAUCAAUCGAGCUGCUCAUCUGAAAGUAUCGAGUUUCCCUUUUUUGGGUAGAAUGAAAAAUAUCAGGACUGUUAUAAAAGAUUCUGUAUUGCAAUCUAGGCAGAUGGGCAAGCGUCAAAAUAAGGUGAUUAAUCUGGAAGGAAGGAUACAGUUUGACUUACUACAGAUUCUUGUUAGAGAUUAUAAACUUAGAUCUUAUACUCUUAAUGCUGUGAGUUAUCACUUUCUUCAAGAACAAAAAGAGGAUGUACAACAUUCCAUCAUUACAGAUCUGCAGAAUGGAAAUGAUCAAACUAGGAGAAGACUUGCUGUUUACUGCUUGAAAGAUGCAAUGCUACCUUUGCGUCUUCUUGAAAAACUUAUGUGUGUUAUUAAUUAUAUGGAAAUGGCCCGUGUUACUGGAGUUCCUUUAAGUUAUUUGCUUAGUAGAGGUCAACAGAUUAAAGUUGUUUCCCAACUUCUCCGAAAGGCCAUUGAACAUGAUUUUGUAAUUCCUACAAUGAAGACUGAGGUUGGAGAUGAUUUCACUGGAGCUACUGUCAUUGAACCAGUGAAAGGCUAUUAUAGUGAUCCAAUUUCAACGCUUGACUUUUCAUCUCUAUACCCUUCAAUUAUGAUGGCUCAUAAUUUAUGUUAUUCAACAUUAGUGCAGUCAGUUGUCAUGCGAGAUCAGUUGGGUCCAGAUAAUUUCAUAAAGACUCCAUCUGAAAAUCUUUUUGUCAAAAAGACGGUUCGAAAAGGACUAUUGCCUGAAAUUUUGGAACAUCUUUUGUCAGCUCGAAAAAGAGCUAAAGAUGAACUAAAGAAAGAAACAGAUCCAUUUAAAAAGAAAGUGUUGGAUGGCCGACAGCUUGCUUUAAAAAUUAGUGCCAAUUCUGUUUAUGGAUUUACUGGAGCCCAAGUUGGAAAGCUGCCUUGCCUUGCUAUUUCUCAGAGUGUUACAGCUUUUGGAAGAAUGAUGAUUGAACAAACCAAAGAGCUUGUGGAAAAGAAAUAUACAGUAGAAAAUGGAUACCCACAUAAUGCUAAAGUCAUUUAUGGUGAUACUGAUUCUGUGAUGGUGAAAUUUGGAGUAAAAACCGUCUCAGAAGCAAUGGAAUUAGGCAGAGAAGCAGCUGCAUUUGUUUCUGGUCAUUUCGAGAAACCUAUCAAACUCGAAUUUGAAAAGGUAUAUUAUCCAUAUCUAUUAAUUAAUAAGAAGCGUUACGCUGGAUUGUACUUCACCAAACCAGAAAUUCAUGAUAAAAUGGACUGCAAAGGAAUUGAAACUGUAAGAAGAGAUAAUUGUCCUUUGGUGGCUAAUCUGAUUAACACAUGUUUAGAAAAACUUUUAAUUGAUAGGGAUCCAAAAGGUGCCACUGAAUAUGCCAAGCAAACCAUUGCUGAUUUAUUAUGUAAUAGAAUUGACAUAUCACAGCUUGUCAUUACCAAGGAAUUAACCAAGACUGAUAAGGAAUAUGCAGCAAAACAAGCUCAUGUAGAACUAGCACAUAGGAUGAAAAAACGUGAUCCUGGCAGUGCACCAAAUCUUGGAGAUCGUGUUCCCUAUGUAAUCAUAGCUGCAAGUAAAAAAACUGCUGCAUAUUUGAAAUCAGAAGAUCCUAUAUAUGUACUAGAGAACAGUAUUCCUAUAGAUACUCAGUACUACUUGGAGAAUCAAAUAUCAAAACCUUUGAUUCGUAUUUUUGAACCAAUACUGGGUGAAAAAGCAGAAUCUAUUCUGUUAUGUGGUGAUCACACUCGUACAAAAACAGUUGUCACAUCUAAAAUUGGUGCAUUAUCUGCCUUUACUAAGAAAAAGGCAACUUGUGUUGGAUGUCGAUCACUUUUAGAUAAUGAAGAUGCUGCUGUGUGUGACCAUUGUAAACCUAAAGAAAGUGAAAUAUACCAAACAGAGAUGGCUUAUCUCAACUCUUUUGAAGAAAAAUUUGGACGUCUAUGGACAGAAUGUCAAAGAUGCCAAGGAAGUUUACAUGAAGAAGUUUUGUGUACUAGUCGAGAUUGUCCAAUUUUCUAUAUGAGAAAGAAAGUGCAGAAAGAUCUCAGUGACCAAGAAAAAGUGUUGAUGCGAUUUGGCAGUGUAAUGGAUUGGUGAAAACUGAAAAUUAUUUUAUUUUAUACUGUUCAUGAUGUCUGUAUGUUAUUUGUAUCUGAAAUUCAAAUACACUGUAAAUAAACUUAUUUUAUCUUAUAAGU